UUCCGCGCGCCGGGCUGCUCCCCAGAGCACGCGAUUCCUUUCCGCGAACCCCUUUGCUGCGCUGUUUGGGCCUCAGGCUGUCUCCGGGCUCAAUGGGCAAAAAGGGCAAGGAGAAAAAGAAGGGCCGCGGUGCGGAGAAAACGGCUGCCAAAAUGGAGAAGAAGGUGUCCAAGCGCUCGCGGAAAGAGGAGGAAGAUCUGGAAGCCCUCAUUGCCCAUUUCCAGACACUGGACGCCAGAAAGACAAAGAUCACAGAGACCCCAUGCUCCCCGCCUUCUGCACGGUUGAACGCCUCCCUCUCUGCACAUCCUGAGAAAGACGAGUUAAUCCUUUUCGGAGGUGAAUAUUUCAAUGGCCAAAAAACAUUUUUGUACAACGAGCUUUAUAUCUACAACAUCAGAAAGGACAACUGGACCAAAGUCGACAUCCCUGGGCCACCGCCAAGGCGCUGUGCUCACCAGGCAGUGGUGGUGCCUCAGCGCGGCGGACAGCUGUGGAUCUUUGGAGGGGAGUUCGCAUCCCCUGAUGGAGAGCAAUUCUACCACUACAAGGACCUUUGGGUGCUGCACUUGGCCACCAAGAUGUGGGAGCAAGUCAGAUCAACAGGGGGUCCUUCAGGUCGGAGUGGACAUCGGAUGGUGGCCUGGAAGAGGCAGUUAAUCCUUUUUGGUGGCUUCCAUGAGAGUGCAAGGGACUAUGUGUACUACAGUGAUGUGUACGCCUUCAGCCUGGACACGUUCACGUGGAGCAAGCUGUGCCCGGUGGGACCUGGGCCCACAGCCCGGUCCGGCUGCCAGAUGUCUGUCACCCCCCAGGGCAGCAUAGUCAUCUACGGGGGCUACUCAAAGCAGAGAGUCAGGAAAGAUGUGGACAGAGGCACCCAGCACUCCGAUAUGUUUCUGCUGAAGCAUGAGGAAGGGGGAGAAGGCAGAUGGGUGUGGACCCGGAUCCACCCGUCAGGGGUCAAGCCCUCGCCCAGGUCUGGCUUUGCAGUGGCUGUGGCCCCCAAUCAUCAGAUACUGCUGUUUGGGGGUGUCUGUGACACAGAAGAGGAAGAGAGCCUGGAGGGCGUGUUCUUCAAUGACCUGUUCUUCUAUGAUGCCACCAGGAACCGCUGGUUCACAGGGCAGCUGAAGGGGCCCAAGUUGGAGAAGAAGAGACGGAGGCGGGGUGGGGCAGAGGAGCACACGGAUGCCGACGGGCAUGAGCAUGGGCCAGCAGGUGCCCCGGAGCCGCUGGAGGUGGUCAAAGAAGUGGUGGCCGAGGAUGGGACUAUAGUUACCAUUAAGCAAGUGCUCAGGGCCCCGAGCCCCGUGGGGCCGUCCCCAUCCAAGGACGAGGAUGGAGUGUUGGAGUCCAGCAGCCCCAGGAUUGAGCCGUGCCCGCGCUCCAGUGCUAUGGUGGCCGUCAAGCACGGGCUGCUCUUCGUCUACGGUGGAAUGUUUGAGGCUGGCGACCGCCAGGUGACACUCAACGACCUGUACUGCCUUGACCUGCACAGGAUGGAGGAGUGGAAGGCCUUGGUGGAGAUGGACCCAAAGACCCAAGAGUGGUUGGAGGAGACGGACUCAGAGGAGGACAGCAGCUCGGCCAAGGGUCCAGAGGGGGGAGAUGAUGACCAGGAUGAGGACAGCGAGGAGAGUGAGGAGGAGGAGGAAGAGGAAGAAGAAGGAGCCACGGCACCCAGAGGUGGCACCUGGGCAGCAGUGUGAGGACUACCUGCCCAGGACAGAGCAGCACUGGCUGAAGCUCACUCGCGACAGCAAAGAAGGGAAGGCACCAGAGGCAGCCCAGGCUGUGGCGAGGACUUUCUUUGAUGAUUCAGUUCAAGGCACUGGAGGGGCCAGCAGUGAGGUCGCAGGGCAGUGAAUUCCCUUCUUGCUGUUGAGCGUCACUCACCAUGGGUCUCGGUCUGGCAGAGCCUCUGCCCUGUCCCGUCUGUGUCAGGGUGGGCUUAGGGUGAGAGCGCCCUCUUGGAGGGCCCAGAAAGCCUGUUGCUCUUCUAAUAAAGCAACUCUUGUGUGCUGUGUCACCUUUAAAGCAGUACCUGUCCACGUGGCUUGGCUUAGUUUGCUCUGAGGAUCUCUUGGCAAAAAGUUUUGGAUGUUUUCGUGUCUACCUCUUCCUUGUGGCCUUCUUGGGAAGGACCUGGUGGAGAUUAUGGUUUGCAAAAUGACAGAGGAAGGGGAGCUGGAGAGCCAUGGCUCCUGGCGGCCCCUCAGUGUCCAGCACUGCUGGCUGCGGGGCUGGGUGCACUUUGUGGGAGUCUGGUGUCCUGAGCAUGGGCCGGUGCCUGCUCCAAGUUGAUGAUGGAGAUCAGUUUGUACUUUGCAUAGUUGGAAUGAAAGUUGGCCUUUCAGUUGCUGCUGGUGCAGGUUCCCCUUCAUCCUGAUUAUCUUAACGGUGAGAAUGUGGCACUUACAGCUUUCUGCUGCUUGGUGUAACCCUGUGCCUCCUGUCACCACCCUGGAGCUAACAAAAGCUGGGAACACCUGACAGAGCAGGGCCGUGGCUGUGCAAGCUGUGGUGGGCAGGAAGGGGUGGGGCCUCCUUGGCCAGAAACAGCCACAUCCUUCCCCAACUGUUGUCUCAGCAGUGCCUCAGCCCCAAGAAAAUCAGGAUCCCUUGGAGCGGAGCCGCCCAGGUUUGGGCUUGGAAGAAGGAGACGCAGCUGUCAGCAAGACUGGACAGUGUGUGUCUUGGUGGGCAGAGGGAGAGCUGGCCUGAGGGACCGCCCCAGCGCCAGCCCUCACUUAACUUUGCCCGUGGCACGGUAGAGUGCUCAGGUGUCAGAAAGCUGGGGGUCCAGCCCCAGGCACAGCACCUGCCUGCCUGCAGUGCCAAAUCUGCACCCUCAUGUGGAGCUGUGGGGAAAGGUUCUCGUGCCACUAGGCCAGGUGGUCCCUGGGGACACUUGUGUUGUGAGGGUGAGUUGGCUGCACUGGGAGCAUCCGGUGUCCAGGCAGUGUGUGGCUGGUGUCCAGGAUGAAGCGCAGCGGCCUGUGUGCCGUGAGAGCCACCCUUGGGCGCCCCCGGCUCCAGGGCUGGUGUCACUGAGCCCUCCUGCCUGUCUGCCUAUGUCACCCCUUGCUCCUGGGAACAGCCGUGUGCCUGAUGGCACAGGGGUAGCCCCUGGCCCCUGGCAGGCUGUGUGGAGUAUGAGUGGCUCCUGCCCACUUCCCAGGAGCACCUGAGCUGGCCCUGUGGCUGUGCUGCAUUACAGUGAGUUUAUGGGGCCCAUUGCAGGCAUUGAAUUUCUUUGGGUUGGUUGGAUUGGAGAAUAAUUAAGAGAACUACCAGUUAAGCUUGGAAAUCCUGUUUUGUUUUGUUGUCCCCCCUCUCUUAGGUGUAACAGUGGUAUUUAUUCCAUUUGAAAGCUGAUUUUUUUUUUAAACUGAAGUGCGGAGGAGGGCCAUAGGUAGGUGACAGUUAGAAAUAUUUCCAGGACCACUACUGGAAGCCGCCUCCCCCAUGGAAAUGGAGCCAGUUCAUGUCAGAGUCAGGUGACCAGACACAGCCCACAGCCAUGCUGGGGAGUGACCCCUCAAUAGUGUGCUCCCAUGAGGUGACAGAGGAGUUGCCUAGGGAGAAGACUGUUCCCUCGCAGGAUGGUGACUGGCCCAGGGCCGGUGAGCGUGUCGUUAGGCUGUCACUCUAGUCAGGUCCCGGGCCUGCUGUGGCGGCUUGUGUGGGGACCAUGUGAGUGGACACCUGUGGCCAGCUCAGACAGGACCCGACAGUUCCUAAGACCGGUCACUGCUGCUUCCCCAGAUCUGACCAGGGAAUCCCAGAGGGCACACACAGAGACCGUGGCAGCGGGUGGCCACAGUUUAAGGUACCACAGUGGUCACGGCAUCCCUGAGUCCACCUCGAGCCCAUCGUGUCCCUCAUCCCCCGCUGGCCUGUGAGCUGCUGGGAAAGUUCCUGGGCUCUGCCUGGGAGGACUGAGCCGUCACGCUGUGGAAAACAGAAGUGGGAGGGGAGGAUAUCACACUGCAAGAUCCAUCCCCAUGCCCCAUGCACAGUGUGUGGGCUGUGGCCGGGCCCUGGGAGACUGACAGCCUGCCGUGCAGCCUCACUGCACAGGUGUCAGGCUGACCACCUGUGUGAAUGAACUCACCAUACGAAAACGCCGGCCUGGGGCAUUCAUUUCAGAGCUGUGUUCACCGCACGUCUCCUGCUCAAAAGGUAGCCUCCUGCAUAGUUAGGACAGGCUCUGCGCCCUACUGAGGGGCCUGGUUUUCUCCACCCUGCACCUAGGCAGCAGAAGGGACUUCAGGUACAGGCACUGCUUUAGAAGGAGGUGACACGGGUUUUCCGUAGUUUCAAAGGACAUUUAUUACUGAAAGGAGCAAGCUGUCUUUAAUCUUAGCAGUGUCCCUUGCUUUCAGAUGGUGACAUACAUAGUGAUAUUUAUCUGAACAGUUACAUUCAUCAGAGAAGGUUACUGUUUCCAGUGUGUAAUUAACCAAGCCAUUUCCAGCUGAAACGAGGCCAAGGGGAACUUUAGCCACCUUUUCCAUAGGAACAAUCGGUACAUAGCGGGCAUUUCCUUCCCAGUCACGCACCAGGGGAAAACAUGGAGGAGCCGCAGGUGACAGGCCAGCAUUCACUGAGCACUGUCUGCGCAGGGCUCAUGGGUUCCCUGUCAGGCUGUAGGGCAGUGUUUCUUUGAAAACCGUGAGUGGUGCAGAUGGGCAGAGUCCACCUAAAGCAGUUGGGGUCCACUUUGUGGAAGGGAGGAGCAGUAGGCCAGGGUCAGGUACGCCACCCAUGGGUACAUGAUGGCACCGGCCCUGAUCCCACAUGUGGGCCAGGGUCGGGCAGCCUACAGAUGCUCCAGAAGCCAGGUUUCAUCUGGCCCAUGUCCGAGCAGCUAGGGCUCCUGGACAGCGUGGCGGUGCCCUGCACCACUCCACUGUGCCUCAUGCCACUCCUCCCUGCCCCCCUGAGCCUGGUGCCUGAGGAACCACCCUAGAGCACAGAGCCCAGCCCACCUUGCCAACCAGUGUCUGCCUUGUGAACCUGGGUUGGUAUGGGAGCCUUUUGCUGAAAGCGAGCUGUCUCCUGAUUGAAAAUGAUAAUGUUGAGCUGGGUGUGGUUGUGCACGCCUGUAAUUCCAGCAUUCGGGAGGCUGAGGCAGGAGGAUCGCUC